UGAACAGCUCUGUGCAACGGUCCAUUGGGCUAUUGGCUCCAGUCCCAAAUGGUAAAGCCCAAUAAUUAACUUUUGGCCCAAUACAUACAAACCCCAAAAGAAUCAAAUGAAAAACUAAGGUAAACAACAAAGACAUAUACCUCGCACUUUCCGGUUUUAUCCGGGACUCCAAAUAAACAACUUCUCAAAGUGUUCUUCAUCUUCUUCCUCAUUCUCUCUCCGAACUAUUCAAUUAAUACAAAGUGUUCAAAUUUGUUGGUUGAAUAAAUAAAAAUGGAGAAAACGAUUGCUAUCUCUGAAACUAAUAAUUCCUCUCAAUCUUCACAACUUAACUCCGCCUCUUCUCGCGUUAUCUGCCGUGUAUGUCAAAAGCAAUUUUCGCAAUAUACUUGUCCUCGUUGUAAUACCAGAUACUGCUCCCUCCAUUGUUACAAGUCUCACAGCCUCCGAUGCAAUGAAUCUUUUAUGCGGGAGAAUGUUGUGGAUGAGAUGAAACAGCUACGCCCUGAUGAUGAGAGCAAGAAAAAAAUGCUGGAAAUUCUUAAAAGAUUUCAUGCUGAAGAUGAGGAGGAUAGCAUGGAUGAAGAUGACUCAACUCUCUCUGAGGAGACUAUUCAAAAGGCUCUAUCAGGAGUUGAAAUAAAUUAUGACGACUUAAGUGCUGAAGAAAAGAAACUUUUCCAACGAGCUAUAGCAACAGGAGAAUUGAGCAAGAUGAUUGAGCCAUGGGAGCCAUGGUGGUUGAAGCCUUCUGCUCGAACAAUAUCUCUGAGUCAUGAAGGAACUCGGCUUAUCCAGCCUUUAGCAAGCGAGGAAGCAUCAGGAUCACAUUCUGGUGAAAACCUUGAGAGUAAAAUUCCUCCUGGACCUGAGACCCCUUUGCCGUCACUUAAAAAUCUUACUUCUGCUGAGCCUUCUCCACUUCUCCCUUUUCAUCUGGUUGACAUCCUGUACAGCUAUUGUUUCACCCUUCGCCUUUAUAAUGGGGAUUGGUCAUCAGAUUCUAUCGGAGCUUCCAUGGUGGUCUUAAAUGUGUCCGCUGUUUUAAGCCAGGGAGCACAACCAGAAUCCUUAUUAGAAGCUGUGUCAUAUUGCUUAGAGAAGACUUGUUCGCCGGACUUUAGACACGUGGGUGGUUUACAAUUUGGGUUUGGUGUUCUCGAUGAUGUUGUAUCUUUAAUAUCCUUAGGUAGGGCUGCUCUAGUCUGUGCAUUAUGUGAUCUGCAGAGGAUGAUUGUGGCAGGAGAGAUGGAGCUGAAAUCCAAGAAACCAAGAAAAGCAAAGAGUUCAGACUUGAAGAGCAAGCUCAAGUCUGCUGGAAGGAAGAUCUACUUUGUAUUGUGCUGGGUGAAUGAGCAGCCGGAAGAAGUGUGGUCUUCUCUGUCAGUUCUUGUUCAGGCUGAAAAGGCUUCACAAUUGGAAUAUCAAGGCAAUGGAAAGAGGAGAUCCUUAAAGACAGAGAAGACCAACGAUGAUAGCAAAGCUCUAAUAAAAGAAGUUUAGUUAUUUAACUGAUUUUUUGAUAGGCAUAUCAAGAGUUGUUUUUUGAUAGGUAUGUUAACGAGAGUUAAUUAGGAUAGUAAAGAGUAUGUAAUGUAUAACUCUAGCAGAGCAAAGCAUGUACAUGCAUAAGCUUUUCUUGUAUAAGGAGAUUACAAAUCCAAUGUUAUUUUGGCCUGGAUUUGGAUAGCUUUUUUGCGGAAUAUAUACAAGUAAGAUCAGUAUGCAUGCAGAGAUCUGGAAAUCCCUGGUUGCUGCGUGCUACUCUGGAAAUCAGAGCUAUUGUUAAA